GUGGAGUAAUGCACGAAUGGAUAAAAAAGAGUGAGAGGUUAUCAGCUGUUGAGGAGCAAAUGGAGAUCCGUGUCCAGGGGAGUGAGGCUAUUGCGAGUGUGAAAGGUUGUCCAGGAAGUAACUAAGAAGACAUGAACAGAGAGGUGGUGAUCCUCAGAGGACCGAUGAAGUAGAGCAGCCAGCACCCCAAGUAGAGCAGGCACUGUGGAAAAAUAGUUGUGACUCAACUAGACCAUUACAAAGUAUGGCCUGGAGGAUUUUCAUCUCAAGGUGCAAGAACAUUCUUAAUGACUGUACACGGCGGCUGCUGAUGGAUGAUGUUGGGCCAGAUGUGCUACAGUUAGCGUUAAGGAGGUUGGAGACUAUGCAGAGAAGCCUUCAGUGGGCAAGAGGAAGACUGAUCAAUGUAACUGCAGCAGAUCAACUUCUGCGUGACUUGGCUGAAUUGAUUCAGGAGGUCGAACUGUCUACUCAGCAUGGCCAACAAGGCUGUUUUGGAUACCAGGCACCAGUGGUUUUCAACAGAGGUAGAGGUAGAUCCCUUUACCUUAUCACUCGGGAACAGCUUUCAUUCCUGAAGUCAUGUGGAUUCACUGCACCUCAGAUGGCUGAUAUUUUGAAUGUUUCACUUCGUACAAUUCGAAGACGUCUGCGACAGUAUCAUUUCACCCGUGCAUCAAUGUAUGCGGAACUGACUGACAGUGCCUUGGAUGAACAUGUGCAGGACAUUGUUGCUGGCAAUGAACAAAUUGGUCCUGAGGCUGUCAGAGCCUCCCUGCGAGUACGUGGACUACGUGUACAGCGAAGGAGGGUUCGAGCAAGCAUGUUACGGAUAAAUCCUGGAGCAGCUGCCCUUAGAGCAGUUUUGCGGAGACCAGAACGAAGAACAUAUCAGGUUGCAGGUCCAAACUCAUUGUGGCACAUUGAUGGAAAUCACAAGCUGAUAAGGUGGAGGAUAGUCAUUCAUGGGGCUAUUGAUGGAUACAGUCGUCUUGUGGUCUUCCUUCAUGCCUCAAACAACAACCGUAGCAGUACCGUUUUAUCAAGUUUCAUCAGAGCCGUGGUAUCCUAUGGUGUACCCUCGAGGGUCCGGACAGACAGAGGAGGGGAAAACAAUGCUGUCUGCCUGAUGAUGAACAUUUUCAGAGGCUUUGAUCGUGGAAGUGCCCUAAGAGGAAGGAGUACCCAUAAUCAGAGAAUUGAGAGGCUCUGGGGUGAUCUGUGGCGAGGAAUGACCAAUGUCUACUGUGAUUUAUUUCACCACCUGGAGGAGGAAGGCAUCAUAGACAUUGACAAUGAAAUGCACCUUUGGGCUCUCCAUUACAUCUAUCUCCCAAGGAUCAACAGAGAUUUGAAAGACUUCACUCAACAGUGGAACAAUCAUGGCUUGCGGACAGAGAGACACUUGAGCCCAUUACAGAUUUUUGUCCGAGGCAGCCUCCAGCAACAGGGCCGAGCCUCAACUGCCAUGCAGGACAUCUUUCAGACUAGAGCAGCUGCUGCUGCUGGGACUAUUGGUGGGACAGCUGAUGGUAGUGUGACAGCCACUGAGAGUGAGACGACUGCUGCUCAGGGCUUAGGUACUGAUUCUGGUGGUGGUGCUCAUGGUACAGAUGAGCUGGGACUGCUGGUCGACUGGCCUGAGAGGAUUACUGUGCCAGACAUCGAAUUUACUCUGGACGGACCGAUGAUGGAGCAAGUGGUAGAACUAUUUAAUCCACUAACUGGCACCAGAGGGAGUCAUGGUAUUGAACUCAUCUCUGGCUUAAUAUACUUUCUGGACUCGACAUAUCACUGAGACAGUUCAAUUAUUGACUGAAACAUAAUAGCAGCAAGUGGAAAGACUUCAAAAUAUCUAGGUGACUGGAUACAUAUAAUGUGAAAAGUUAUAAUACGUGUUUACUAUGUACCAUUGAGUAGUGGAGAUACAAGAACGAGCUGUGUGACACUGAAAAUAAAAAAUGUUGAGUGAUUUUUAAAGUGUAUAAGAUGGAAGUUGUGAAAUGGAAAGUAUACAACUGAAGCUGAAUCUCGAUAAAGUCAACUUGAUUAAUCUAAAAGUUACAGCUGUUGAUAUUGAUAAAUACAACUAUAAAGCAGUGACAGUAAAUAAUUAAAAAAUAAAAAAAUGUAUAGUAGGUCUUGAAGUGGCUCAGUAUAGUGUAGUAGAUAUAAAGUGGUUUAGCGUGUGUUUGAUGUUGUGACAGUUUACACCGAGCACAUUAUGUUUUGCUUUGUACAGAUUAUGCUUUGUACAAACAUAGUUCUGAAAAUACUGGACUCCAGUGUAAAAUGUGAAUAAAAAAAGAGCAAGCACUGA